AUGGAUGGGUGGACGAAGAUUCACUUCUUUCGGGAUGUCUGGCUGCCGGACCCCGAGAAAGCUUUGUCUAGCCAAGAACUGACCCAUGUCCGAAAGUUCCUUCCCCUGAUCCAAGGCCUCGAGAUGCAAUGGAAUAAAGAACUGGAGGAAACGGAUGGCCAGAUCUCCUCACUUGGGUGGGAUAUGAAUGAGGCUUUUGAGCAUCUUCAAAAUAACGAAGCCACAUGGUGGAAGGCCCGAGAUGUCACUCGACCUAGGGAAUUCUUGGUUCGCCCGAGUGGACAGCUGAAUGCUCCGGUUGCCUGCCACCUGUACAAUCCCACGUUUUCCGUUGACGACCCCAGUUGCCAAAAGACUGAAGACCUUUCAAAUCCCUCAAUCGCCCAGCUCAACAAAGCUGGAUUUUCAACAACAAAUAAUUGUUUGCUUUUCGACCAUCUCGCCCGCAGAGAUAUCAGCAGACACUGCAAAGAUGUUUACCCCGAGGAUCUCUUCGACAUCCAUGAACGGUUUAUAUUUGCGCUUCGAGCCGCGAUGAAGGCAAAAGUCGAGAUCUGCUGGGGUGCCAACGUUCGUGAACGAAUGCUUAAGAAGCUUGACCUACAGCCUUUUCGUCUUUGGGGUGACUUUGCCGGUUUAGUUCUAUACCUAGAGCUAACACCCGAUAAGACGUCCUUGAAACGUUUCAUUAUUUUUGUCGCACACCCCCAGCGCUUUAUGUACGUUAAAGGGGAUGGAGAGAAGUCUCAAGACUGGCGACGCCGAUUCGGUUCACCGCAAGAUCAAGCAUUAGCUCUCGCCGCUAGCCUGGGAGGCAUUGGAAUCCCACCAAAAUUCUAUGAGCUAGAUCCUCGAUUGCCUCAGAAUCUAUGUGUGACACGCAAAGUAAGCGCUACAAGAAACCAGUGGAAAGGCCAAGCGGUGGCCCACUUACAGAAAGCUUUCCCAGGAGCCAUUCUUUCGAUAGAAACAUCACAUCGUAUCCGUGCCACGAAGGAAGAGAGCCUGUGUGUCGAAAAUAUAUUGGGACUUUUAGCUCAACUCAAACCAGGUCAAGUGAGCGAAACUGCCAAUAUGACAAGCAACAUAGAUGACACAAUCUUGAGGAAUGCCCGCAUUCAUAAGAUAGCGACUUAUUGGCAUGAUUUAGUGGAGCUCCUAUCUGCAUUCAGUCCUCAUAUUACUACCACCACUCAUCACACAAAGGCUGUCGGUAUACAACAGAGUGUCGGGUAUUUUCUAAGUCAAUUCUCCACAGAGUUCCAACUAUCAGAUUGCUGGGACUGGGGAGAUCUUCCCCAUCCUCUGGUUGAGUUUAUACAGGCACAGGAUGGCUUGAAAUUUAACCGGCGAGAGUUAUCGAGUCGAGCCGAUCUAGAGGUCGCCUUUUAUCUUCUCCGAAAAUGUAAAGGUAGCCCCGAGACUUUGGACAUUCUCACACUCGCAAUUUCGGUGUUAGCCGCUUAUGGUUGGAUGAUUGCUCGCCCAAGAAAGCCUUGCGUCGAUGAUAUGCUCAUCCUCCGCGAAACUCCGAACGAUGUGGUCCCACGAAAAUGUUCACAAUGUGACAAGGAGUGUCUAGACGACCCCUUCGCUUACUGGUCAAAGUUUGACCCCGAUCGUUACGCACUUUGGUAUCAUUUUCGGUCCGGCUGCGGUCGGCCAGAUUGCGGGAUGCAAAACUUGCAAAACACCAACCUCCUACCUCUCAACACACUAACGAGGUACUCCCAUUGUACCCAGAAAGAUUUAGAGGAGAAGUCUCUUGAUCAGUUUGACAGAUGGUUUCUUCUCCGCAGAGAAGAAUUUGGAGCACUCCCGGUCGAGCUCGAAGUAAAGUGCCAGGGCACAGCCUGCCAGGAAACAAAAACGGUCAAAGCACGAUGGACUGGCCAUACGACACCAAGAUUUGUAGUAGCCGUGCACCUCUGUACCAAAUCUAGGCUCAGAACAGAUUGGAUACCAACAGGCUACCCCACCAUCCAUUCCGCAAAUCUCAGCAGGCUGUGGAAGAGAUUUCGUGAAACCCCGGGAUUCGAUAUUACUUGUUAUCCCCGCAGACCCGAUAUCUACUUCAACCUGAGUCUCAGUUUACCUGGUCGGAUCGCCGCGUUGGUUGAGGCCCAAAGGUUAAUUGAGGCUGAUGGAUCAAUUGAGCGGAAGAGGAAGGCCGACGCCAUGGACGAGGAUUACAGUGAGCCUGGGUUUGACUAA